AUGACCCUUAAGGGUGGCACCGGCCAAGCCUGUGCAGCAUGCAAGUAUCAGAGGAGACGGUGCGCCUCUGAUUGUCCACUUGCACCGUUCUUCCCAGCUGACCAACCAAAAAUGUUCCAAAAUGCACACAAGCUUUUUGGGGUAAGUAAUAUCUUGAAAAUACUAAAGCAACUCGACCCGAGUCAGAAAGUUAUAGCCAUGAAGUCCAUCAAAUAUCAAGCCAAUAUGCGCGAUAAGUAUCCUGUUUAUGGAUGUUUGGUGGAAAUACAACAACUUUCUUACCAAAUUCAAAUGGCUGAAGAGGAACUUCAGGCUACUCUUGGACAACUUGCUUAUUAUAGACAACGACAUCAACAACAGGAGAUCUCAUCGGCUAAUGAGUCACUAUCGCAGUUACAAUUAGGCAUGGCACCUCCAGGUAAUGCCUUGACAAAUAUUCAUCAGGAUAACCCCCCACAAUAUGAUGUUAUGACAGCAUUGCCUAUUACCUAUUCAAAUAAUGUCGACCCGUGUUAUAACACCGAAUAUUUGGAGGCUAAGGAAAAUAAUGUAGUCGAUUCUUUGUGGAUUCAACAACCGUAUAACAAUGACAACAAUUCCAUGGCAAUGCAAUCACAGUUGAGUAAUUCACAACCUUUAUCUGUUCAACAAGAGACGGCUCAAGAAUAA